CACAUCGAUCUUCAUUUGUUCUCUCUUCAAUCUUCAUCAUCAUCCUUCAGUCUCUUGGUUUGGUAGUAACCUUGAUUCCAAACCCUAAAUUACCAUGAGGAGAAACUGCAAUCUGGAGCUUCAGCUUCAGCUUCAUCAUCCUUCUGCUGAUUCCAGCUUCCCUAACCUUAAUGAAACCCAGCAACAAGAACAGCACGAACAACAGCAGCAGCAGCAGCAGCAGAUGACAAUUUUUUACAACAGAAUGAUGUGCGUUCGUGAUGUUACAGAGCUUCAGGCCAGAUCCAUCAUUUUUCUUGCAAACAAAGAAAUGGAAGAGAGGGUAAAGAGUCCAUUUACUCCAAGUGGAUCAUCAGAACCACCUUCACCAAAUUUUAUGUCUCCGCUGGGUAGCCCAGUUGCUGGCAGGUCUCUGAAGAGAUCACUCCAAAGCUUUUUGCAGAAGAGAAAGCAUCGGAAUCAAGCAACAUCUCCAUACCAUCACUAGGAACUAAGGCACGUCAAGUUUAUUAUUUACGUAAAUUAGAUGGAGAUCGACUGAUCGAAGAGAGCUUUCUGUAAAUUAGUUAAUUCUAAGCACUUCUAAUCAUCGUGUGGGAGACAUCAUAUAUACAUUGUUUGGGUUGAUUUUAGAUCCUUAAUGUUAGAUGGUGUUAAUCGGAUUAUGGCAAAACAUUUUUCA